AUGUGGCCUGGCCAGGCAAUGAUUCUCAAGGUCAACCAAGUCCUCCACCACGAAAAGUCAAAGUACCAAGAUGUCCUGGUCUUCGAGAGCAGCGAUCACGGCACCGUCCUGGUCCUUGACAACGUCAUCCAAUGCACCGAACGCGACGAGUUCUCCUAUCAAGAGAUGAUUACACAUCUGGCCAUGAACUCCCACCCAAACCCCAAGUCCGUCCUGGUCAUUGGAGGUGGUGACGGAGGUGUCCUCCGCGAGGUCGUCAAGCAUGAGUCCGUCGAGAAGGCCAUUCUUUGCGAUAUUGACGAGGCCGUCAUUCGAGUCAGCAAGAAGUACCUCCCGGGCAUGUCCAUUGGAUACCAACACCCCGCAGUCGACGUCCAUAUCGGAGAUGGCUUCAAGUUUCUCGCAGACCGCAAAAACGAAUUUGAUGUCAUCAUCACCGACAGCAGCGAUCCAGAGGGUCCUGCUGAGUCUUUGUUCCAGAAACCUUACUUUGAGCUUCUCUACGGAGCUUUGAAAGAGGGUGGUGUUAUUACUACCCAAGCCGAGAAUCAAUGGCUCCACCUCCCACUCAUCACCAAGCUCAAGAAGGACUGCAAGGAGAUCUUCCCCGUGGUCGAAUACGCCUACACCACCAUCCCCACCUAUCCUUCCGGCCAAAUUGGCUUCAUGGUCUGCUGCAAGGAUGCCAGCCGAAAUGUCAGGGAGCCACUGCGUAGCUGGAGUCCAGAAGAAGAGGAGAAACUAUGCCGAUACUACAACAAGGAAAUCCACCGAGCGAGUUUCGUGCUGCCAACAUUCGCCCGCAAAUUCCUGAACUAA